UUCAGUUUAGAAACAAUUUGUUUUUUUUAUUUAAGAAAUUUACACUGGAAUUUUUAUUUCUUACUUGCAUCAGUUGGAACCUCAGUUUCUGAAGCGCAACUAUUACUAUCAGUUAACCUAUUUAGAUUAUUGAAAUAAAAGAAAAGUCAUAAAUAAAGUUUGAAUUUAAUUAUAUGCGUGAAGUUUCAAUAGGGAAGAUAAACUAAAGUAAUGGCCAAUCCUGCUGAAGAAAUUGAAGAAAAUGAAGGAGAAGAGAAGAAUGUAGCACUUCCAGUAUUGCUCGAUUGCUUAUUUUUUUUUACUUGUGGUGGUAUAAUACCUGUACUAUGGCGUAAUGUGACACCAGUAAGACGAGGCUUCUUUUGCGACGACGAGGACAUAAUGUAUCCUGCAAAACCAAGCUCCGUUACUACUGGAGUGCUUUGGGGAUUUUGCGUUUCAGCUCCUUUAUCUAUUAUCUGCAUAACAGAAGUGGUUAGAAAAUUUACAGUUAAUGAACCUGAAGGGAAAAAGAUAUUUUUCUUUCGAUUUAAAGUUCCUUACGUGAUUCAGCAAAUCUACAUCUUCGGUGGUGUAUUCCUCUACGGCCUCAUCAUGUCAGAGUUGGCGGCUGCUUUUAUAAAAUAUUUAGUAGGAAGGCUUCGUCCAAACUUUCUAGAUCUUUGUAAACCUAAUUUCAACUGCUCUGCUGUAGAAAAUCCACAUUAUUAUGUUACCAAGUACAAUUGCACCAAUCCUAAGUUGCGGAAUGAGAAUUUCCUUCGAAUGUCUUUUCCAUCUGGUCACUCAGCUCUUGUAAAUUUUGCAAUGCUCUAUACCGUGUUUUAUCUUGCCAAAAAAGUAACGUUCAGCAGAUACAGUGUCUUGGCAAAGCCAUUAUUAUUAGGAAUGUUGCUGAUGCCAUCAGGAUACGUAUCUUUUUCCAGAGUCUCUGAUAACUGGCAUCACUGGGAUGAUAUCUUGGCUGGUUUCUUAAUUGCAUUUUUUAUUUGUAUAUACUGCAUAUUUUGUAUGACUGAUUUGUAUGUUAAGAAAAAACCUGCUCAUCCCAAUAUGGAUAACAUUCGUUAUGUGAUUCCGCAUGUUCAUGAGCAAACACGUAAAACUGCUCCUGUAUAGCUUGUUUAUUGGAUUUGAUGAAUUACCUUAGACCAAAAAAAAUUUCAUUUUUUAAUGUGAAAAAUUCAUUUUUAUACCUUUUUUCAAAAUUUAU